AUGACCGAGACGGACCCCAAGCCCGAGGUGCAGAAGAAGCGCAAGCGAACAGGAAAGGAGCGUGAGGAGCGCAAACGCUCCGCUAUUCAGGCUAAGCUCGAGGCUGAGGCUGCGGCCGCUGGGGAAGGUCAGGAUGAACCUGUCGAGGCUCCCGAACCCGAGGAGGGACUAGUGGACAAGGUUGAGGAGGAGGGAAACACGGUUGACUUUGACAAGAUUGCCAAGCGUAUCCCGGCAGGUCUGAAGAAGCUUCACCCCGUAUUCAAGCAGGCCAGGAAGGAAGAAACGAUGCGUCUGAUCAAGAAGAUCCGCUUCAUGAAGACCAAGUCUGAGGAUGUGUCAGAGCUCGAGGCACAGCUCAACCUCCUAUCCGCGGUUCAGCUUCACGCGCUAGCGACGACGCACCUCCGCCAGAAGGUCAAGAAACACCACAAGCUCAAGCGCGUUGCGCUGCCCUCGUCCAUCAUCGAGGCUCUCCCUGUGAACCCGAGCGUGGCGUCUUCGUCGUCCACCGCGACGCCGGACGUGAUCGCCAAGGUCGAGAACCGGCUAUGCUCGUCAAAGCAGGUUGCGGACGCGAUCAAACCCGUCGUCCUAUGGGUCCUAUGCGAACCUGGAGCCACACUCAAAGUGACAAAGGGCAAGGGCGUCAACACCAAGACCAAGCGGGCCAAGGUCGAGUCUGAGUCGGAGGAUGAGAGCGAGGACGAGCGCAUCUUCGCCGGACCUGUGGAGGGCCUGGACAGCGACGACGAGGCGGUGAUGGAGGACAGAGCGGCGGACGAGGCGGGAUGGGAGUCUGGUUCGGUGGGGGACAGCGAUGGGGAAGACUCGGACCCUGAUUCUGAGGGUGGGAUUAUCGCGCCGCAAUCUGACUCUGAGUCGGAGUCAAAAGCGCCGCCGAAGAAGAAGGUCAAGGCGCCCGAACCUAAGCCUACACGGAAGGAGAAAAAGGGUAAGGCCGACGGCUCGUCGUCCAUGUUCCUCCCGUCGCUGGCGGAGGGCUUUGCUGCGGGCGACGGCGAUUCGGACCCAGACAUGGACUACGACGAGGAUGGGAUCAUCGGGAACAAGAAGGCGGUGCGCAAGAACCGCCGCGGACAACGUGCGCGCCAGGCGAUCUGGGAGAAGAAGUACGGCAAGGGCGCCAAGCACGUCGUCAAGGCGAAGGAGGAGGAGGAGAAGAGGAUGCGCGGACCACAGGGCCAGAGGCGCGACCAAGGUUGGGGCGGGCGCGACUCCGAGGCCCAAACUGCGCACGCUGCCAAGCCGGCGCCGAGGACCGCCGCGCCGAGGACCGCCGCGCCCAAGCCGCAGGCGGAAAGCCUCCAUCCGUCUUGGGAGGCGGCGAGGCUGCGCAAGCAGCGUGCGGUGGACAAGGAUGCUCCCAAGGCCACCAAGAUUGUGUUCGACUAG